AUGACUAUUCACGACCAUUUUCUGCCACCUCCAUACCCUAUCACUCAGGCUGAUGGACAUUUGACGAUUCCGGACUUUAAAGAGCAUGACGAACAGUCAUUCGCUCCAUUUCUAAUACGCCACUGCCUACCAAUUCAACCGCUGAAUGCCUUCACCAAUACGUCUUAUGAUCUCUAUUGCCCAAGUGUACGUGAUGAUUUAGAUAAAAAAUGCUGCAGUACAUGCGGUAUUUACUUUGCAUCUAUCACAAGAGCUGCAGAGCACAGGCGAGCAGCCCACAAGCAAGCGCGUAUUUUCCGCAAAGUGCGACCCUCACGGAUUGUCACAAGACGAGCUAAUGAGUUACUCUGCGCAAGCGCAAACGGCUUAGAGUGGCUAGAUCAGAACAAAGUUGAAGGAGCAGACGAUUUUACUGAAAUUCAUAUGGACAUGUUGGUUCCAAUAGUCUCUCUUGAGACCGCGCAUGAUUCUCCAUGGACUGAAUUAGAGUAG